AUGGCUGAUCCAGAUUCGCCUACUAAUAAUUUAUCUUCAGUCGUUGAUCAAUCACAUAUAUCAUCCGAUCAACAACAACAAGAAUCAGCAACAAAUAAUGAUUGGCCAUGGCCAACUGAUGAACAACAACAACAAAAUGCAAUUGAUUCAAGUGGUUUAAUGCAUUUAAUUGCUACUGGUACUGGUGCAAAUGUCAAUGAUAAUACUAAUGAUGAAACUAUUGUAAAUGUUCCAACAAAUGAGCAAACAUCUGUACAAUUAUCUGAUGAUCAUCAACAAUUACCUCAUAUGCCUUCAUCAUCAAAUUCACUUCCUAUGGAUACAGAACAACAAACAACCACAACAGCAACAAAUGAUGAUCAGCAACAACAACCACAACAGCAACCAACAAAUAAAAAUCCACAUGAUAUUGCUGAAAUUCAUCGUGAAAUGUUAGCACUUAUACCUAUACCACAAGCAUGGCCACAUAUAAGACAUCAAUCAGGUUUUUUUUCUUAUCCUGAUUUACCACAUUUUAAUGUUAUACGACAAGCUACAUUUCGUGAUGGACGUUUUGUUUGUCCAUUUUGUACAGUUGAUUUUGCUUCCAAAGAAGGCAUACGUUAUCAUUUAUAUAAUUCAUGUACUAAAUCACCAUAUCCAAAAGCUUUUUUUCGUUGUUUAAUGUGUGGAAGUGAAUUAGCUGAUCGAAGUUCGUUACGUACACAUUUAGCACGACAUGGUGCGGAAGAAGGUGGUACUGUAUCUACAGAUAAAAUUGAUGUAUCACGUAAACCAGCUGGUUUAACAACAUCUGUUGGAACAUCAAAUUCAAAAAAAUCUAAAAAAAAAAAGAAAAUUUCAAAUGAUUUAGCAGCACAACAGCAACAACAACAAACACAAAUGAUGAAUCCAAUGAUUGCAAUGACAACAGGUAUAUCACCACGUGGUAUUGAUACUUAUAAUAUUCCACCAACAAUGAUUAAUCAAACAAUGUCAUUACCAAUAAUUAAACCAGAUUUAAAUGAUUCGGAUCCAAAACGUAAACGUGGUCGACCACCUAAAACAAAAUCUGAUGGAGCAACACCACCAAUGGCACCAUAUACAAAACAUACACAUAUGAAUCCUUCUGGUAUAUCAUUAACUCCAACAAUGAAUAAUAAUCAAGUUAUAUUGAAUGAUCAACAUGGAAAAAAUGAUCCACAAAAAACUGUUGCUAUGCGAUCUCCACGUGCUAUUGAUAUUAGUAGUGAAUUAGCUGAAUUAGCUCGCUCAAGAAUGCGAGAACAUAUUGAAUUCGCAACAGAUUCUUUAUUACCUGAACAAGAACAAGAAAUUAAUACACGUUUACGUACAGAAACAUUUGUACAAUGUCAUCGUUGUCGUGGAAAAACACAAUUUGCAACACUUAAAAAACUAAAAGAACAUUUAAAAACUGAUUGUCCGUUAGGUCCAGUUAUGGCAGUAUGUAAAUUUUGUGGUAUACCAUUUUCAUCUGUUAGUAGUGUUUGUGAUCAUCUUGAACUUUAUCAUGAUGAUUCUCAAGAUACAUGUCCAGAUGAUCCAUGUCGUGUGAAUGAUCGAGCAUUUCGUGCAGCAUUUGCACGUUAUAAAUUUCCAAUUAAUGGACGUAUAUCAUUUUCUGCACCAUCGACAACUAUUGGACAACUUAUACCAGAAAAUGAAUCAGCUGCUUGUUUAAGUAAUGGUGCUAGUUGUUUACGUGUUCGAAUGCUUUCGUGUGAUCGAUUUUUAAAUCCAUUGGAUAGUUUUGCUGCUUCACAUGUUAUUGUUUUAAAUGUUGGUCGACCUAUACGUUGUGUUGAAUGGUUACCACGUGCUGUUGAUGUUAUUGGUAGUCAAUAUGUUGCAUUAGCACUUGAACAAUGGUCAUAUGAUAAUGGAAAUCAAUUACAUGGAAAUUAUUCAUCAACAAAUCAAGAUCGUCGUUCACCACCAGGUUCAACAUUACUUUUAAUACUAAAUUGUGGACGUUUAAGACAAAGUUUACAUGUACCAAAUUUACAUGUUACAGUUGCAGCUGAUUUUGGUCAAGUAACAUGUUUAAAAUGGUUACCCGAACGUCCAACAAUAAAUGAUCCAUAUUUAAGUUAUUUAGCUAUUGGUACAAGUCAAGGUAUUGUUAUUAUAUUUGGUGUUCCACAUGGUGCAUCAAGAAAUUUAUGUACAAUAAGUAGUGGUGCACAACUUGUACCACCACUUAAUAGACGUAAAGAUGGUAGUAUUGGUUGUGCUGAAUAUGGUUCUUGUACAGCACUUGAUUGGUGUUAUGAUAAUCCAAAUAAAUUAUGUGCUGGAUAUGAAAAUGGUAUUGUUUUAAUGUGGGAAAUGAAUUCAAAAUCACUUGUUGAACAAGCAACAAAUUGUUCAUUAAUUUAUCCAGUAAGAAGAUUUUUUGUGGAAGAUACACCAAUACAAGAUGUAAAAUUUCUAAGAAAUUCUGAACAUUUAAUUGCAGUUAGUUUGAAAAAUAAACAAUCUUGGACAGUAUGGACAACUCGUGAUGAAAAUAUUUUUUGUUAUCGUCAUUGGUCAAAUGCAAGUGAAUUUGCAUCAUCAACACUUCAUGAUACAUUAUAUGCUGGUUGUGCACAUGCAAAUAAUCAAAAUGAAUUACUUUCCGUGCCAACACAUUCAAUAUUAUUACCAGGACAAAAUGUUCCUAAUCUUUUACAAACAUCAAUGUUAUCAGCAUGGCAAAUUGUUAGUUUAGAUUAUUCCGAAUGGAUUGAUGGCGUUGCUUAUGCUGAUCUUGAUGGUACUGUUUGGAUUGCACGUGGUGAUGCGUCAACUUGGGGACAAAAUAAUCAGAAAUAUCGACCAAGUGUAUGUGUAGCUAAAUUAUCGACUUAUUUAACGAAUACAAGUGGUGCAACAACAGGUAAUCUAACAGAUCAUGUUAAUAUGCAACAAUAUAAUCAAAAUCAAUCAACAUCAUGUGGUAUUCCAACUGGACAAUAUUGUGUACAGAUUGCUAUUGAACGAACAGAAUACGCAAGUAAUAAUGUUGAUCCUCAACAUGAUGAAACACAUAAAGUGCAUACAUAUCGCAAAAUUCGUUUUAAUCCAAAUCCAGGUACUCAUGGUUGGAUUGCAUCGGCUGAUAAAGUCGGUUUAUUUCUACUAUUUCGAUUAUCAACAUCAGAUUCACCUUUAUCUGAAAAACUAACUCAACGCCUUCAACGUGUGCAAGUUUUGUGA